AUGCAUGCCCUUGUUAAUUACAGCGGUGAUGAUGAUUUCUAUAAUGGCAGUCCUUUUUGUUCCGGAGAUUCUGGCAUCUUGUUAUCUAUUGGUUCCCAUGUGGAUAUAUACUGCCCAGCUAGAAAACGUGCACGAAUCAGCGGCCCACUGGUUGUCGAAUGGAGUGUAUAUGAAGAUAAAAGACAAUCUAUUGACAGGCUCCCAGAUGAAUGCCUAUUUGAGAUCUUUAGACACUUGCCAGGAGGCCGAGAGAGAAGUGCCUCUGCUUGUGUUUCCAAGCGCUGGCUAACAGUCUUGAGUGGUGUCCGCAGUGCUGAGUUUUACCGGAGCAAGGCCCCUCAGGAACAACCAGAUGAUAUGAAUGUGGAUCUGGCCUCAAAUAAUACAGAAUCGAUCUCUGCAGAUGAGGAUCUUGAAGUGGAGUGUAAUGGAUACCUAACUAGGUGUGUGGAAAGGAAGAAAGCAACAGAUGUUAGGCUUGCUGCUAUUGCAGUUUGUACUUCUAGCCGCGGUGGACUAGGAAAACUUUCGAUCUGA